AUGAUGGCCGAGUUCUUUACGCGCAACUUGCAUAAAACAGUCGACUUUCUAUCGAAGGUUGGAAUAACAUCUGACGAAAUCUCUGUGUCAUUGUCUUCAAAGGAGUAUCUUUCACUGACAUAUCAGAACAUAAAGGAAUACAGAAAGGCGUAUGCCUCUCUUCUCUGCAAGACUAGCCUUCAACAUCUUGAAGAGAUUGUGUUUUGCGCAUGCUGUUCCCAAAGAAUCAACUUCAUAAGAAACAUAAACUUGCUUAUUCAUCUUAACAAACCCGUGGAAAUUCACUGGUGCGGCUGUGAAAAGGACGAGUUUUUGCUCUACAUUGAGGGUAAGGUGAAGAGAGACUUCCGCAUUCUGUCGGAUGUUGUUGUGAUAAACCCAUGGUUUUGGGAGGCAUAUCUGGACCUUGCAGAGCUUGCAACACCAGAGAUUAUCGAGUCGAUCAACAUUGUCGGCGGGCUAAGCGACUUCUUUUUCAUGUAUCUGUUUUGUACAAAGAUGAUCAAGAAGGCCUGGAAACCGUCUAUGAUGUCUGAAGACGAAGGGCAUGGAGGCAAAUGGAUAAAGUCUUCGGACGGACUGUGCAUCAACAUGAAAUAUCCGAAUUUGGCAGGCGCAGUCUUAUACCAUCAAAAGGACUUCGAUGGAUGCAUUGAGGUUUUUGAGAAGGUCACAAGGAACUCCUUUUAUUAUGAUCUGGACUACAUAGAUUUGUAUUCAAAUGCUUUGUAUAUAAAAAAUGAUAACAGAGUUAUCCUUUUGGCAGAAAAUGUCCUGAACAUAAAUAAGUAUAGGUCUGAGGCUAUGUGCUGCAUAGCUAAUUACUAUUCUAUGAAGAAAGAACACGAAAAGGCCAUUGAGUAUUUCAGACUUAGCAUGAAGCUGAAUCCUUCCUCCUCUAUAGUUCACACUCUUAUUGGCCAUGAAUAUCUUGAGAUGAAAAACAUGGAGAAGGCAGUGAGCUCCUACAACGUUGCCUUAAAAAUGUGCCCCAUGGACUACCGAGCCUGGUACAGCAUUGGGCAAGCAUAUGCAGCAAUGACCAUGUAUGAAUAUGCCCUUUUUUUCAUUAAGAGGGCAUUGGAAUGUAAGAACAACGACUCCAUUGUUUGGACAACAUUGGGACAGUGCUACAUGAACCUCAACAGAAUGGAUGAUGCCAUUGGAUGUUUCAAAAAUGUUAUAGAACUGAAUGAUCCUGACGGGUACCUGUACAUUGGAGAUGCUUACAAGAAUAUGAAAAUGUACACUGAAGCUGUUGUUUAUUAUGAAAAGUAUGUCGAGACUAGCAAGGAUGACACUCGGAAGAUAUGCCUGUUUCUAGAGGAGUAUUUCAAAAGGAUGUUUGAUGACAAGCGAAGUGCCUACUAUGCUGGCCUUGCUAACAAAUAA